UUACUCCUGAUUAUUAUUAUUAGAACUAACUACUCAAAAAUUGGAAUACACUACCCGCAAGGCCGCAACAACCUAACGGCAAAAAAUAUUGCCGAAAAAAAAAACUUCCGAUCUCCAGCUCCAGCCUUCAAGAAUGGCAGGUGUUUUCGACCCUUCUAGAAUAGCAGAGAUUCACAGAGAAGAACCAGAUAGAGGUGGUGGCGGUGGGGUCGGAAAGAUUCGAAGAGAGAGAAAACCUCCAUCGAAACCCUAUGAUCGUCCGCCUCGUACCCGUUGGAUUUCACGUUUAGUGGACCCCGCUAAACGUAUCUUGUCCGGUCUUCCUUCUCUCUUCUCUUCUUCUUCCGUUGAUCAAGUUGAUGAUGAGGUGCAUACAGAAGUAGAGCAAGAAGCUGGAAAUGCUGAAGAGGAUUAUCCAACAGAUCUUGAUGUUCCUGAAUCAUCUGGAAGGGUUGGUCCAAGUCAAGAUAAAGGAAAAUCAAUACUUGAUAUUUCUGAUGAUGACGGACUGGAUAAAAAAGCGGGCAGUUCUGAGGUUGGAGCACCUGACAUUGAGCAGCUUAUCAAGGGGAAGACUUUCUCUAGGGAGGAAAUUGAUCAUUUGAUGAAGAUACUACAUUCCAGAGCUGUUACAGAGGAGCAAGAUAGAAAAACCCCCAGUAUGACUAGCCCAGAUAACGUUGAUAGAGCAGGAAUUUCUAAAAGAAGCCAUAAAACAUCAUUAGAUGAGGAGGAAGAAUUGAAUAGAUUUCAAUUGGUAACCUCAUCACCUCUUUCUCGACCAGCUAUGCAACAUGCAAUUGGUGCUUCUCCCAUCGAUAUAGCUAGAGCUUACAUGGGUUCCAGAACUUCUGAAAAGUGCUUUACAUCUACGAUUUUAGCGCGGAAAACUGAGAAACUUGGAUUUAAUAGUGAAUUGUCAUCCAACCCAGUCUCUCUAUCUCCUUUGCGAAAAUCUCCGAUAUGCUGGCCUGGUGCCAUCACACAGAAUCAGUCGGAUUAUUCAAUGCCGCAAAGUCAGCGUAAUAGAUCUAGUCUGCGUUCGUUUUCUCGAACACCUUAUUCAAGGACCAUUUAUUCAAAAUCCAAAUCCAAGUUGACUCCAUUGCGAGGUGAAAGUGACAGAUUUCCAAGCAUAUCACCAGUACCUUUUCAACCUACUACAACGCCAGUUUAUGAAAAGGUGCAAUCGUUCAACAAUUUAGCUGAAGGUAGUUACGGAACUGGAGGACCCAUUCGUAGGACACGGAAUAAGUUUACUUUAGCUACACCUGCCAAGGAAUCUACUUUAUUUAGCGCUGCACGGAGAAGUCCUUUGGCAAGAGAAUCCAGUGUGGAUUUCAUGCCUAAGAAAACUUUUGAACUGGGCAGUUCCAGCAAUACUAAUAUUGAAUCAGUAAAAAGCAAGACAGCGAGCCCUGAAGCUGGGAUACGUAGUGUUCAUCCACACAGUAAUAGGAUUGCUAGGAGGAUUCUGGAACAACUUGAUAGACCAAUCAAUCUUAAAGAUCAAUCAAAAGAUUUAAAGUUGGCUGUUUCAUGGAAGAACUCUACUGCUGCUUCACCUACACCUGUUCAAAACAACAACCCUCCAAGUCUGAUAAGGAUUGGUAUGGGUAAAAGUAAUAGUGUGGACAAUGUAAACUUUGUGAAUGGAGAGAGCAAUGUACUGCCCUCAGAAAGAAAUAAUACCCUCAUUGGUGCUGGAAAAGAUGUUUUUGGUUCUGCAAUGUUCGAAAAAACAACUUCCAUAUCUGAUGUUAACAAUGGGCCAUUACAGAUUCUUGGAAAACUCAAUUGUCAAAGUAGCUCAGAGCAGGGUAUGAAUAAUAACCUGCCGAAGACGUCUUUGCUCUUUGGUGACACAAAUAAAGUAGCUGCGGCCAUCACAGAGAAUGUAGCUCGAUCUGAAUCACAACAUUCUCAUAGAAAGCCAAUAUUACCAUCAAUUGCUGUUGAGAAGCCUGGUAUGAGAACCACAUUUUCUUCAAUAGCAAGUCCUGGCUUCACUUUUCCUGUUACCGCAUCUUCUACCACAACCGCUGAGCCACCUACACCAUCUAUCGUACCAUCUUUCUCAACUAGUCCUCCACAACAGCCAAAAGUUUCUCCCAAUUUUCCCACCUUUAAUUUUAGCAAUAAGAUAACAAUUGCACCUCCAGUUGUUGCCUUUCCAUCUUCAACACCCGUCACUCGGAAUGAUGCUUCAGUGCCCAAGUUCAAAUUUGGUUCAGAAAAGCCUAGGUUAUGCUUUGCUAUUGCAGGAGAAAACGCUCCAUACGCUCCUAAUGAUGCUGAUAUCCCAAAGUUCAAAUUCGGCUCAGAAAAAAGCAGGCUAAAUUUUGGAAUAGCCUCUGAUGCUGUGUGCUACUAGUGAUGAUGUACUAGUUCCUUGACAGCUGCUGGGAUAGCGCGGAUCUGUCCAUCUUCUUUUGGUUAGUUAUUGAUACAUCAAUAUCGUCUUAAAAUUUUUUUUUUUAACCUUUUUAACUCAGUUUGGUCCCCAUUUUUAUGAACUAUGUGAAAGUAGGCUGGACCAGGAAUUCUACUGUUUAAUGAAAGCUGAAGUUAAAACCUUAUAGCCCCCUACUUUUUGCACCUUUGUUGUAGAGUUGGAGUAAGGAUAAUGCAUAUGGAAUACAUGGGGAAGAUAACUUUUGCAUCUGAAAAACAAAAUUUUCUUCAACCUUUUUCAAUAAAAUAAUGACUCAAUGCGUUUAAUUUGGGUUAUUAGGUUUUACGACAUUUUAGUCGGAUCAUAUCUUGGUUGUAAUGCUUAUGCUCGCUCGACACAUUUUUGUCUUGAAUAAGCCAAAUCUAACUCAAUCGUCCUCUAUGGCUUAAGAUAUGUUCUGUAUGAA